AUGAUGUCUCAAGCGAGUCUUGCACGCUUCAGAGGGCCAGUUGUGCAAGGAAACCUCACUACAUCAUCUUCAACCUCCCCAGCAAAUAAAAUUGUGUACGUUACAGCGAUCUCGAAUCUUCUCGAUAUUUCCCAAGCAGGCGCCUCUGAUGCUCUUAUGAUAUAUCAAACCCAACCUCUUGAUCUGCAUGACUCCAUUGUGCCUACCAAGAUCCGCGCUCCUGUUCCGGAAAUCACGGUGACAUCAUUGGAUAUCUUUACUGCACCAGCGAACGCUGACAUCUCGAUAAAAGCAAACGCCAAACCCACCAAAUCAGAUUCCGGCCCAACACGGGGCUCUUCCGUUCUCACGCCAAUUCCAUCCCCUUCAACUCUUUCGCCAGCAGCCAUCACAGGCAUCAUUCUCAGUACGGUUGCCUUAGCAAUCGCUCUUACCGCGCUUGCUAUCUUCCUCUAUCUUCGCCGUAAGUCAAAGAAGACCGAAGCCGAUAUGGAAGCACCAAAGCCGGAAGAGACACUCGCGGAGAAGGUGGCGCGAGGGCGGGAAUACCAACGCAAGCGGUGGUCUGCGCGUGAGACUGCCAUGAAUCAAGAGCGUUUCAACAGAUUGAAGGCAAAGCUUGCUGCAAGGGAGAAUGUCGUGGCUGAAGUCGAUGAGACGUUCGUCAUUGGCGAUGGUGAGGAGGACAGAGAUGCUGUGAAGAAGGAAGCGCCGAUUGUGGCGCGACCUGGAGCGGCUCGUCGACCCUCUGGAUUGGCGAUGCAUCCUCCGAUCCCAUCAGACGCCGUGAACAUGGAAGAUUCUGAUCCGAAGGUUGGACGCGCUAUUUAA